AUGGACUCGGAGAUCCGCAGAUUGACAACUGCCCAAUCGGCCGGUGCCUUGAGCAAGAACGACAAUCGCCUGCUGGUUUCGAUGCUUUUCAUGCGAGCCUAUAUGCCUCUCACAUGGGUGUUGAUGGCCCGGACCUCGGAAGUCAGGGGUUUGACCAACAGCAUGCUAGUCCUCGAUGCACCCCACCACCUAUUCCCCGACCGGGAGGAUCUGCGUCAUGUAGAGAUUCGGCUCACCUUCCGGAAGAACAAUCAGGCAGACCCCAACCGAGCCAACGUUUACCAGUUGUACGAUGUUGAGGACGAGCCCGCCGCCCACGUUCAGCUCCCACUUCGAAAUUGGUUCACUUUCGUCCGGAACAACUCGUUCGGCGACCAAGCGAAGGAGCCGACAGCCCUUGUGUUUCCAGACAUCGAUGCCGCAGGGAAGCCGGUGUUCACCAAAGCAUGGGGGAAAGAGCCAUUCCGUCGCAUCUUCAAUACCGUCGUUGACGGUGCGGGCAUCGCUCAACGCCGUUGGGGUACAGGACGCUUCAUGUCUCAUUCCCUCCGUCGAGGUUGCGCCCAACAUCGUGCCAUGCACCCUCGUCCGGAUCGCCGCUGGACUAUGGAGCAGAUUAGAUGGUGGGGGGGCUGGAUCCAAUCCGAGUCCAAUGAAGUCCUCAUGCGCUACAUCUUGGAAGCGCAUGAUCGUCAACAGAAGUACUUCGGAGACUCCCUUGACCCUUACCGCAACAUUACUGCGGUGAACCAUCCCAAUAACGUUCCCAAUGGCGCAGCACCCGAGAGCCUUGCCACUGUGGCCGAUGUCCACGUCCUCGAACACAAGACGCAGUUGCUCAUCCAGCAGCUUAGGACUUCCAUGGAGUCUCACAUGCAGUCGCUAAUGGCCUCGAUUGGAAGCCUGGCCUCUGCCACCCAAGUCCUCCCAUCAACUCAGUCCGUUGUCGUCCCUGUGAUUUCUGGCAACCCAGGUUCAACUGUCGAUCUGACAGCGGAGACCGAUGAGGAACAAGGGCAGACUGUCACUUCCCAAACCACUGCCCCUGUGGUGGUUCCUGUACUCCCUCGUCACCUCGGGAAGGCCCCCGUCAUUCACCCGGUCAAGAACAUUCCUGGCGCAUUGAGACAGUGGACUCAUGCCCAGCCCCCCUUCCAUCCGUACGCCUUGAAAGACUGGCCGAACAUCAAUCCCGCUUGGCUCAAGCAGCGGACGGUGUCAUCUAAGUACAGUGCCCGCAGACUCCUGUACAAAGGAUUCUCGGAAGUCUGCGACCAUGAUAUUGGCCGUUUCUACCAUCGAUUCGGCACAUCAAUAUCGAAAGCAUUGGAUCGCAUUCGCACGCACUUCGGACUUGGGCGUGAAGGCCGGAAGGGCAUCAAGUAUAAAUCUCGCCCUCGCCCGCACAGAGCCGCCCGAGAGUCGACUCCCGAGCUUCUCGCCAAUAACACGCAAGGCACAGAUGUAGACGAAGAGGUUGGUCCCGAGGAUCUUACCGAUUCACCUCAGUCGUCACCUGCACCAAUGGCAGGAGAGUCCGUGAUUCCUCCAUCCUCAUCUGCAUCCCCAUCUCCUACUGGUCGACCCACCCCCCGCCUCGGCCCAGUGGCGAACGAGGACUCCUCCGAUUCCGAGUAUGGAAGCCCCUUGUCACCAGGCAUACUGUCUGCCCAAGUCCAGGCUGCAGAAGCUAUAGAACGUACUGCCAGCCAGGUGCGUAGGGUGUCCGGGCCAGUGCCGCGACGUUCUGGUAGGGCUAAGUCUACUUCCAAGCGGAAUAAGAGACGAGACGAAUAA